UAUUUUCAUCGGUCCGCUGGAACGGAUCUCCAUCAUCUCUUUUAGUGUAGCCUUCCAGCUUGCCUAGCUAGGACCCAGAGCGUUUCAAGACCUGCGGCACUCGCGACCAGCAACUCGCAUUUUCUCAGGAAAUCGUCGCGCAGCAUCCGUCGUCUGCCAAUCAUGUCGUCCCUCGCGUCGCAUUUCGCCCUGGCGGCCCAAUCCCUUCCCGCCAUUUCAUCCGACGGCUUCCGCGCGAGGCAAGGCACGAGCAACGGCGCGCGCUGCCCGUCAGCAACCGUCGCGCAGCAGCGUCCGCUUGCGCCCGCAACCCCGCCGCGUUCGGCCUCCCGCUAUAGUCACGCCCGCCGCGCGGACAUCGCAGCGCCUCCGCACGUCAUGGCGGCGUACGCGGAAAGCGCGGCGGACGGCACGCCGCGCUUGCCGAGCUCGUUUCAGGAGAUCGAGAGCGAGGCGGAGCUCGACUGGAUUCUCAAGGACGCCGCGGAUUGCGGCGACCUCGUCCUCAUUGACUGGAUGGCGCAGUGGUGCCGUAAGUGCAUUUACUUAAAGCCCAAGAUCGAGAAGCUCGUCCCCGAGUACCCCAACAGGGUGCGGUUCUUCGUGGUGGACGUGAACAAGGUGCCCAUGAAGAUGGUGCAGCGGGGCGGCGUCACGAAAAUGCCGACGAUUCAGAUCUGGAAGGAAAACGAGAAGGUGGAGGAGACGAUAGGCGGGGAGGCAGCAUGGCUCGUGCUUGACAACAUUCGCAGCGCCAUCAAGCGCCAGGCAUAGUUGCAUGCAACCAGCACGGCUCAUGGAUGGCUGGCUUGAUCCCUUCCGGCUGAAUGCCUCCCUCGCAUCCUGGCUUGAAGAUAGGGAUGAUAGGGAGUCUCCAAAGGACAGAUUAGCCUGCCUGCUCUUCAAAUACAGCCUGUUUUUCCAUGCAAUAGAGUAGACUCGUUUCUGGUACUGUCUGUCUAGCCAACUCCUUUUUCCAGGCUUGGUUCAUCCUCGACACUGUGUCUGAGUGCAGUGCGCUGUACAGCUGUUGGUGGUGUUUCAUGCAGCAUUUGUCAAUAUUGUUCCCGUACAUUUCCUACUGCAUGCUUGAUAAGGAGGUGUA